CGUAAUACGGCAGGCAUUCUGUCGCAGGUUUCCCCGCUACAAGCGACUGGUUACCUGUCACGCAGCAAGUGGUAUGACAAGAGGCCCAAUAGACGACUUGGAACCUGUCUCUCAGCGGGCUCGGAGACUCAGAGAUCUGGCUGAUGUUUGCCCGGUGUUAGGAGGAACUGCUCACAACAACUUCAGACGAUAAACAACUCUGUGAAGGGAUAACUCUUGAAGUCACGCAAACAUCGACUUCCAAUAAUUCUCAAGUGUGUUUGACAGUAUACCCUCACGCAAGACAAUGCUAGGAAAACGUAGUUUGAAAAACUGUAGCCUUCAACUGACAUGUUUUAUUCUCAUACUGUUGAACGUGUACCUCGUGCUAUUUUCAAAGCAAUCCCAGUGUCCAAAUGUUGUUGAAAGAUUGCGCAGAAACGUGGUCAAGGCACAAAAAACUGGAGACAACAACGAAACAACAAAAACCCAUAGCAGCCUCACGAUGAAUACCAGUAGCCAGCCAGAGGAUAUAUCAGAAAUGACGCCAUCUCAGCACCCUGGGCCUUUCCAUCAAAUCGGGGAUUCGGAUAUAUGGAUCUAUUCAGCCUUUUACGAGCCUGUCAAACAGGGAGUAGACGCUCCGAUGAUUCGAGCCCUGGGGGUGGCGAUGAGAAACCUCUCGGGCCUUGCUCUCAGUUGUCACGUGACCUAUGAAGACCGAUCAGUAACAACUGUUUCCGGGAGGCUGCGAGCUGCACUUGACCACCAUCAUAAAUCGUACGAGAGAACCUUCACGGUUUGCUACAGUGUCAUUUAUGGGAACUACGACCGCUACUCCAUGCUACUUCAGUCCAUAACCUACAAUCGCAUGAUGGGAGCAGAACAUUUCUUUCUCUACAACCAGACCAUGGGGCCCAGGGCGGACGCAGUCGUCAGGCACUUCCAGGACUUGGGGAUAAUGACAGUUCUCAGCAUGCCGGAAUUCCCAGCCAAUGAAGCUUGGUAUCACAGUCAAAUAAUGGCAAUAAACGACUGUAUCUAUCGGAACCGAAACAUUUCGCAGUUUGUCGCGGUAGUCGAUCCCGACGAAUUUAUCAUGCCCGUUCAACAUCACUCGUGGGGAGAAGUGCUUAAAGCAGUAACCGACAGAGAGAUCAAGGAAAAGCGAGGCGAGAAUGUCGGUGUGUUUGCUUUCGAGCACUCGAUGUUUUGCAACAAUAGACUAAACAACACAGAAUGGGCGACGUUCAAGAAAAACUUUCAACUCAGCGAUGAAGAAGGAAAAUUCAUAGAGAGAAACGAUAUAACUACCUUGCUUGAAUUGCGUCGGAGUAAUCUGGUGCGCUUUCCCGUGAGAUCUAAGUGUAUAUAUCGGCCUGAGGUUACUAGACAGCCAGGGAUACAUUAUGUCAGGAGCCUGUGGUCAGGUUAUCGUAAUGUUGUGGUCAACAGCAGUUUGGGAAUCAUUGGUCACUAUAAAAACAGAAAAGGGGACUGUUUUCUUGACCAUAAAAUAAUCUGGUUUUACAAAAAAUACUUAAAAGCGCUGAAGUCAUCCUAUGCUAACGUUCAGGCAUAUCUUUUAAACAGGAGCAUUUCCACAACCAAUUUUCAAAUAUACUCAAACCCAGAGGCAAAACAACGACCAAUAACUAAAGCAUGAAUGAAGCACGCGACUCUCAACUAGAGGUUGUCUUGUGCAAAUGAAAUUUUAAUUCGUCCAAUUUACACAGACAGGAGAGUGUCAAUAUGUGGGUGUUUUUGUGUAGUUUUAGCCUCACUCUGUUAUUUCUGUGACCUUGACCUUGAGACAGAAAGUCGGGACCGUGUGUGACCUCCUUUGGCUGCAAAAACUGCUCUUCGUCUUCAAUCCACAGAGUACACGACAGCGUCAUUUGCCGACCUGAGAUCUGUACCCACAUCUAGCCGGUGGCUGAAGCCGAUUUAGAAGCCGUCCGUGGUCGUAGUUGCAGCUGGUUGAGCUGCCUCGGGAUAGCGUCCCAAACGUGCUCGGUGGAGUUUGCGUCGGAUGAACGAGCCGGAUAUGGCAAACGACUGAUGUUGAUCUGCUCCAGGAACUGCUGUGUUACACAGGCAGUAUGAAGUCUCGCCUUGUCUUGCUACACUGGCUGUAUGAAGUCUCGCCUUGUCUUGUUGGAAAAAUGUGGAUACCUCUAAAAAAAAAAAAAAAA